GCGCGGGCGCCUCCUGGGCCGCUGCGGGGGCUCCCUGCUCAGCCCCGCCAUGCGGCCCGGCGGCGUCGACCGCGGCUCUCUGAUGAUGGGCCACCCGGGAAUGCCCCACUACCCCCCCAUGGGGAUGCACCCCAUGGGCCAGAGACCCCCCAACAUGCCCCCGGUUCCCCACGGGAUGAUGCCUCAGAUGAUGCCCCCCAUGGGAGGACCCCCGAUGGGGCAGAUGCCUGGAAUGAUGCAGUCGGUGAUGCCUGGAAUGAUGAUGUCCCACAUGUCCCAGGCUGCCAUGCAGCCCACGGUUCCUCCAGGAGUGAACAGCAUGGAUGCACAAGUAGGUGUGACCCCUCCUGGGACUCAGACAACGCAUCCCGUGGUCUCCACAGUGCAGCAGAGCUCCACCACCAGCAGCUCUGCCAGCGAGGAGCACUCCAAGCAGAAAUCCACGUGGACGGAGCACAAAUCUCCGGAUGGAAGAACUUAUUACUACAACACGGAGACCAAGCAGUCCACGUGGGAGAAGCCAGAUGACCUCAAAACCCCUGCUGAGCAAUUGUUGUCCAAGUGUCCCUGGAAGGAGUAUAAAUCAGAUUCUGGGAAGCCUUAUUAUUACAAUUCCCAAACAAAGGAAUCCCGCUGGGCAAAACCCAAAGAGCUGGAGGAUCUUGAAGCAAUGAUUAAAGCUGAAGAAAACAGCACGAAGCCGGAGGACGCGGCUGCCGCCGCCUCGGCUCCGGCCGCCGCCGGGGAAGCUGAAUCUGCCCCGGCCGCUGCGGCGGGGGACACGGACACCGCUGGCACAGCCACUGCCGAGGAGCAGGGCCAGGGCAGCGCCGCGCCCGGCGCGCAGGACGGGAGCGCGGACGCCGCGGCGGCCGCCACGGAUGAGGCGGCCAAGCAGGAGGCCUCGGGAGAUGCUGCUGCAAAGAAGGAGGAUGAGGAUGCCCAACCAGUUAAAAAAACCUACACGUGGAACACAAAGGAAGAGGCCAAACAAGCAUUUAAAGAACUGCUAAAAGAAAAGCGGGUUCCAUCCAAUGCUUCCUGGGAGCAGGCCAUGAAAAUGAUCAUUAAUGACCCCAGAUACAGUGCUUUGGCAAAACUGAGUGAAAAGAAGCAGGCCUUUAAUGCCUACAAAGUUCAGACAGAGAAGGAGGAGAAGGAAGAAGCCAGAUCCAAGUACAAGGAGGCCAAGGAAUCCUUCCAACGCUUCCUGGAAAACCAUGAGAAGAUGACAUCCACCACCAGAUACAAAAAAGCUGAACAGAUGUUUGGGGAGAUGGAAGUGUGGAAUGCCAUAUCCGAGCGGGACCGGCUGGAGAUUUAUGAGGAUGUUCUGUUUUUCCUGUCCAAGAAGGAGAAGGAACAAGCCAAGCAGCUGCGCAAGAGGAACUGGGAAGCUCUGAAGAACAUCCUGGAUAACAUGGCCAACGUCACCUACUGCACCACCUGGUCAGAGGCCCAGCAGUACCUCAUGGACAACCCCACCUUUGCCGAGGAUGAGGAGCUCCAGAACAUGGACAAGGAGGAUGCCCUGAUCUGUUUUGAGGAACACAUCAGGGCCUUGGAGAAAGAGGAGGAGGAAGAGAAGCAGAAAAGUUUGCUGAGGGAAAGGAGGAGGCAGCGUAAAAACAGGGAAUCUUUCCAGCUGUUUCUGGAUGAGCUGCACGAGCAUGGACAGUUACACUCCAUGUCCUCCUGGAUGGAAUUGUACCCAGCCAUCAGCUCUGACAUCAGAUUCACCAGCAUGCUGGGCCAGCCUGGAUCAACGGCGCUCGACCUGUUCAAGUUUUACGUGGAGGAUUUAAAAGCUCGUUACCACGACGAGAAGAAGAUAAUUAAAGACAUCUUAAAGGAUAAAGGAUUUGUGGUGGAGGUGAACACUUCCUUUGAGGAUUUUGUCACUGUCAUCAGCUCCACUAAAAGAGCCACCACGUUGGAUGCAGGGAAUAUCAAGCUGGCUUUCAACAGUCUGCUGGAGAAGGCGGAAGCGCGGGAGCGCGAGCGGGAGAAGGAGGAGGCCCGGAAGAUGAAGAGGAAGGAAUCGGCCUUCAAGAGCAUGCUGAAACAAGCCACCCCUCCCAUCGAGCUGGAUGCUGUCUGGGAGGAUAUCAGAGACAGAUUUGUGAAGGAACCAGCAUUUGAAGACAUCACCCUGGAAUCUGAAAGGAAAAGGAUAUUUAAGGAUUUCCUUCAUGUACUUGAGCACGAGUGCCAACACCACCACUCCAAGACCAAGAAACAUUCGAAGAAAUCCAAAAAACACCACCGGAAGCGCUCGCGCUCCCGCUCCGGCUCAGAGUCCGAGGAUGACGACAGCCACUCCAAGAAGAAGCGGCAGCGCUCGGAAUCGCGGUCGGUGUCGGAGCGUUCUUCCAGCGCCGAGUCCGAGAGGAGUUACAAGAAGUCCAAAAAACACAAGAAGAAGAGCAAGAAGAGGAGGCACAAGUCUGAUUCACCAGAAUCUGAUGUGGAACGAGAGAAGGACAAGAAGGAAAGAGAGAGGGACAGUGAGAAGGAAAGAGCCAGACAGAGAUCUGAGUCCAAGCAUAAAUCUCCCACUAAAAAACGGCCUGGAAAAGAUUCCGGAAACUGGGAUACCUCUGGCAGCGAGCUCAGCGAGGGCGAGCUGGAGAAACAGAGGAGGACUCUUUUGGAGCAGCUGGAUGAAGAUCAGUGAGAAGAUCCUUGAUACCAAAAAUGUUUACAGGUGGCAAAAUAAAACCAAGCCUUGUGUGGGCAAGGCCCUGGGGCCAGAGGCCGGUGGCCCAUGGCCACAACAACGGUGGCUUUUAGUUUUUUACCACUUCAAUCCAGUCAAAAGUAGAAAAAUCCAUGGAAUUCUGAGGGCAAAGCUGUGCCUGGCCUGGAGCUGCGGGGCGGGAUGGGGGCUGGGAUCCCCUGGAGGGGACACGGAGGUGGCAGCAGCGUCCCCAAGCACUUUCCCGAUGUCCUUCCCAAGGCAGGGAACAACCCUGGGCUGCCUGGGCAGAGCCCAGUUCAGCUUCAGGAAAAAAACUCCUAAUUUAAUUCUUUGUGCUUUCGUUCUUUGAUGGAUUUGGUUGGGUGGGAUUUUUUUUGGGGAAUAAGCAGGAGAAGGAAUCCGUGUCCUGAUGUGUUGUGCAAUCCCCUGGAUUGUGGGGUUGUUUGGCACCGGGGCUUUUGUCCAAGACUCAUUGGUGUCCCGACUCCCAUCGAUCCCAAAGCCCAGGGAAUGUUGUGGAUGGGAAUUCUCCUGCUGUGCCGGCAGAGGGAGCGUUUGGGACACAACCACCUCGGCAUUCCCCAAAUCCCACCCCGGCCCAGCCCUGGCUGUUUCUCCAGCGUUUCUCUCCCGCUUCCGAAAACUUAGGAAUAAAAAUCCAAUGUUAAACACAAUUCCAUGUGUUGCCUUAAGAACCUGCUGCAGAAUGUACCUGCACAGCCCAGAGGAGGGAGGAGGAAGCAGCUCCAGCCCUGUUUUCCAGCCCCUGCACGUUCAGGAAGGUGCCCCCAGCCCUGCUUGGUGAGAAAAUUGGGAAGCCGCUGUCCUUGGAAUAUUUUUGUACAUUUUUAUCAAUGAUUAAACCUUGUCUUUUAGCA